UACUUCUCAAAGCCAAAGCCACCCACAAACUCACUCCAUUCCAUUCCAUCCCAUCCCCCACUCACAACACAACACACAUUGUGUUAAGACACAACAAUCACUUAACACACCAAAAAUCAAGAAACCAAGAACACAUUUCAAGAAACCUGAAAAUACUCAGUUUUUUUUCCUUCGUUCUCUUCAAGUGCCAUGGGUUUGCAGAUCUAUGGUUUCUUGAUUACUUUCAUUCUUUUCUUCUCCUCCAUUAAUGGUGCUACAUUACAAGAAAACACAUCAACUACAUCACCACAAAUCAACUCAAACUCAGUUCUUGUAGCACUUUUGGAUUCACAUUAUACUGAAUUAUCUGAGCUAGUUGAAAAAGCUUUAUUACUUCAAACACUUGAAGAAGCUGUUACUAAGCAUAAUAUUACCAUUUUUGCACCUAAAAAUGAAGCACUUGAACGUGAUUUAGAUCCUGAGUUUAAACGUUAUUUGCUUGAACCUGGAAAUCUUAAAUCUCUUCAAAAUUUGCUUCUUUUUCAUAUGAUUCCAAGUCGUUUUCAGGCCAAAAAUUGGCCUAAAAAUGAACUGAAAACUCGUCGUCGUUCAACUCUUUGUCCUGGUGAAGAACAACUCUCUGUUUUCCAUAAAUCAGGUGAAAAUAUGGUGAGCAUGGCAAAAAUUAUUCACCCUGAUGAUAUUAUCAAACCAGAUGGAAUUAUCCAUGGAAUUGAAAGAGUAUUAAUACCCAAAUCAGUUCAACAAGAUUUCAACACUAGAAGAAGUCUCAGGUCAAUUUCUGCUGUAAUUCCACAAGGAGCACCUGAAGUCGACCCGAGAACAAACCGGUUGAAGAAAAAACCCGCAACCCCAGUACCCGCUGGAGCUCCACCGGUUCUACCUAUUUACUCCGCUAUGGCACCAGGUCCGUCACUAGCUCCAGCACCAGCACCUGGACCUGGUGGACCACACCACCAUUUCGACGGUGAAACUCAAGUAAAAGAUUUCAUUCAAACCCUGCUGCAUUACGGAGGUUACAACGAAUUAGCAGAUAUACUCGUUAAUCUCACGUCGUUAGCUACGGAAAUGGGAAGAUUAGUUUCAGAAGGAUAUGUUUUAACUGUUCUGGCGCCCAAUGACGAGGCUAUGGCUAAGCUGACGACUGAUCAACUUAGCGAGCCAGGGGCGCCAGAACAGAUAAUGUAUUAUCAUUUGAUACCGGAGUAUCAAACAGAGGAAAGUAUGUAUAAUUCAGUGAGGAGAUUUGGCAAAGUGAAAUAUGAUACUUUGAGAUUGCCGCAUAAAGUUGUUGCUGAAGAAGCUGACGGGUCGGUUAAAUUCGGGUCUGAUGAAGGAUCCGCGUAUUUAUUCGACCCUGAUAUUUAUACCGACGGGAGGAUUUCCGUUCAGGGGAUUGACGGAGUUUUGUUUCCUGUGGAGGAAAUUAAGGUUGCUCCUAAAGCUGCACCUGUUGCUAAAGUUGUUGCUAAGCCAAGAAGAGGGAAGUUGAUGGAAGUAGCAUGUAGUGUGUUUGGAUGUUAAAACUUCCUACAAAUUGAGGAAACAACUCAAGUGAAGAUCAAGAAUUGAAAAUAGAAGAUGGUGAGUGUGUCACUGAUGUGUAUGAAUUUGUAAUUCAGUGUAGGAAUGGGAGAAGUGAAAAAAGAAUAAAAAUGCUUACAAAAUUUUCUGAAUAAAAUGGCAAUAUUUUUUUUAGGAAGAGAAAUGCUUGCAAUGAAGUAAAAUUCAGAAAAUCCAUCUCCCAAGGAAGAGAAGGGAUUUUUUUUUGUUUUUUUUUUUGUUAUAAAUACUGUAAUUACUAUAUAUCAAUUUUUUAUUUGUAUUUAAAGUUUGUUCCUACCAACACUUUUUGUAUGCAGAAAUAUACCCAAGGAGAGAAAAAAAAAAAAGGAAAAAGAAAUAACAACUCUGGGUCUUUUUUGUUCUCUUAUAA